UGAACUUGAACUUCCUAAACAUGACCGCUCCAAGUUUAAUACCAUUCCACUAAAAGCGUUCUUUUUUUUACGAUCGUAAUCAUAUAUGUACCCUUGGAGUAAAAGCUCAACCAUGCCACGUGAGAAACAGACUCAAACACUCGUUUGGACUUUUUCCCCCCUAAGUGCGUUCAUUUUUGGGUUUUAACGGGAUAAAAAAAGUGGAUUAUGGCGUUCAGAGCUUGACCACAGCUGACUGUGUGCUGAUUUGGUGACCAUGGCCGAACCCACGAAGAAACUGAAAAAGCCUGAUGUGAAGAUUGUCCUGCUGGGUGACAUGAACGUGGGGAAGACAUCCCUGCUGCACAGGUACACCGAGAGGAAAUUCAAGGACACUGUGAGCACAGUUGGAGGGGCUUUCUUUCUCAAGCAGUGGGGACCCUACAAUAUCUCCAUAUGGGACACUGCAGGUCGGGAGCAGUUCCAUGGCCUUGGCUCUAUGUACUGUCGUAGUGCAGCUGCAGUCAUUCUCACCUAUGACACGACCAGUUGGCAAAGCUACGUAGAGCUGGAGGAGCGCUUCCUAUCCCUAACCGACACUGCCAACGCCGACUGCAUCUUUGCCAUAGUAGGCAACAAAGCCGACCUCACUGACUCUCAUGCACAGGCUUCGAAUCCGGAAGGAGAGGAGGGGACCGAACCUGCACGCUUGUCUUUUUCUUCCUCUUCCCUUCAACGCAAACAGGUGAACAAAGAGGACGCCAUGGCUCUGUAUAGGCGUGUCCUACAUUACAAGGGGCUGGAUGAGAAGGCCUGUCUACCCGCUGAAAGCAUGUGCUUUGAGACCAGUGCGAAAACUGGCUACAACGUGGAUGUAUUGUUUGAAACAAUUUUUGACCUUGUGGUGCCCUCAAUUCUGAAGAAGAGGAAUGAGGGCGAGAGCUCCACGGUCGACCUGGAAGCGCCGAGCACAGCUAAGAGGACUAAAGCUGGCUGCUGUGCUUAAGAAGGAGCACCAAGUACAGAAAUGUGGAUUUACUCUUUAAAACAAUAAAGGCACAGACAGUUGUUUACAUUUCAUGAUAAACUCUUGUAACUAUUUCUGUUAGAAAGCAAGACCAAAUUUCAAAAUAGUAAAUUUGUAAUGAUCAGUGUUGAGAGUUGUCAUUGAUGAUUUUGAAUUUUGUGUGAUAUGCUGUGAUUCCUGGUGCUUCCGCUUAUCCUAUUAACAAAACAAAACAUUGAACCAAAUGUGCAAAAAUAUAAACUAUGCAUUUAUUCAUUAAAAUAAAUAAACACGAUUGUAAGUUAGCAUA